CAUUGUGUGCAAGACAUUUUUUUUGUCAAGCAUCGGACAUUUACCAUGUUGUGUUUGAUUUUAUUUAAAGUUCGUAUCAAGGCCCAGCGGCGCCGGAAGCGGAGGGAGGAGGAGGAGCAGGAGUCCUCAAGUUCUUCCUCAAGUUCUUCCUCAAGCAGUAACAGUGUCAUCCAGUCAGAGGGGGAGACGCAGGAGGAGGAGGAGGCUGAGGCGGGAACGCCCACAUCUACUGAGGCUGAGCAGGAUGUGGAGGAGAUCUGCCCUGGGGAGGCUGCUGGUGAUGCUCAGGAUGGUGUCCAACAGCCAGGCGCGUCAGGUCCAGGGGAUCAGGAUGAAUACAUUCUAGACCUCCGGGCAGUGGAGGAAGACCUGAACCUGCACGCGCCUGGUUCGGAUCACAGUCCUCCCUCCCCAGCAGUUUCUCCGGCGCGUGAUCUCCUCCACCCUUCAGCAUCCCCCCACCUACAAAUUGGCACGGGCACCUCCUCCCCACAUCAAACAGGUCCAGGACACGCCCACUCUCCAGAGCCAAGGAGACCCUAUAGGAGGCUGUCUCAAGCCCUGGCCCUCCUAAAUCGACGGCAGAUGGCUCUGGAGAGGUACCAAAGGGCAACUAGGAGGAUGGUUAGCAACAGUUUGGCAGCCAUUCACUCCACACUUGAGCGCCUGGUCACCAGGUUGGAGGGAAAUGAAUGAGGGGCCUUUUUUUU